AAUAGAUAUUUUGUACUGACGCAGUUCACACAUGCUACACCAUGUCUGCUAAUAUCAACAAGGAUUUGGUACGGGAAAGAGAAAAGUGUAAUUUUGAUAUACAAGAACUGAUUCACAUAAUUGAUGGGUCGAAGGAGAAGACGUUGAUGAGAAAGAAAGUGGAAGAUUUGGUACUAAGCGUAGAAGACUUAAAAGAUGAGAUACCUGAAGAUUAUCUCAGUCAUAAAGAAAAAUUUGAGAACGCCGUUCGAAAGGGCUGUAAAUUGUUCGACGUAUACCUUGAACUCAUUGAUAAUAACAUUCAAAAAGCAGAUCGUUCACCUUCAAAUAUUUAUCGGAUCCACGAAGGUAUUUUAAAGCAAGUCAACCCGUUUCUCUUACAUUUUGGUUUAUUUAUACCGACGAUCGUGAAUCAAGCGAACAGUGAACAACAAGCUAAAUGGUUAAGGAAAGGUUCAAAGAUGAUAGGCACUUAUUCUCAGACUGAGCUCGGCCACGGCACUUUUCUAAGAGGAUUGGAAACAACUGCUACUUUUGAUCCUGAAACAGAUGAGUUUAUACUAAAUAGUCCAAAAUUAACUUCAUACAAAUUUUGGCCUGGUGGAUUGGGCCAUAUAUCUAAUGCUUCUAUCGUAAUGGCUCAACUCCACAUAAAUGGAAAGUCUCAUGGCAUUCACCUUUUCCUUAUACAAAUUAGAGACUUUGAAACACAUGAACCUUUACCUGGAAUUAAAGUUGGAGAAAUUGGACCUAAAUUGGGCUUUAACACUGCUAAUAAUGGUUUUGUUGGAUUCAAUAACUAUAGAAUACCAAGGACAAAUAUGCUUAUGAAGAAUGCACAAGUUUUACGGGACGGAACCUACAUAAAAUCCAAGAAUGAUAAGCUGACAUACGGUUCUAUGUUGCUCAUACGAGUGCACAUAUUAACGGACGUGGCUUACGAGUUGGCCAGAGCUGUAACGAUAGGCGUCCGGUACUCAGCUGUGAGACAUCAGUCCGUCUUAAAGGAGGGUGAACCGGAAUCUCAAGUAUUGGAUUAUGUGACUCAGCAACAUAAGCUGUUUAUAUCGAUAGCUUCGAGUCAUGCCUUCAGGGUAUUGGGUCAAUGGAUGUGGAAAACUUACACAAAGGUCAUGGCUGAAAUCGGGGAUGGAAACAUGGACCAACUGCCGGAGUUGCACGCAUUGUCGUGCUGCCUGAAGGCGGUGAGCAGUUACGACGGCGUGCAGUGCGUGGAGCGCUGUCGCCUCGCGUGCGGCGGUCACGGCUACCUGCUGUCGUCCAACCUGCCCGGAGUGUACGGAAUCGUGGCUGCAAGCGUCACCUACGAGGGCGAAUACACGGUUCUGCUGCUUCAGACGGCCAGAUAUCUAGUAAAGGCAUGGAAUGGUGCGAUUAAUGGUAAAACGUUACCAUCGAGUAUUGCUUUCUUAUCAGAUAAUUUCAAUCAAAAAUCUAGCUCGUGGGACAAUUUACCGGAAGCUAUUAUUGAAGGAUUUAAAGCUGUUGUCGCAGGAAAAAUUAAGACAGCUUUCGACUCAAUUCAAUCUCAUGUAAACAAGGGUCGAGAUUUCGAAGAUGCCUGGAAUUUGAGUUCAGUUAAACUAACUGCUGCUAGUGAAGCGUACGCGCGUUUUCUUAUAUGUGAUGUGUUUUGGUCGGAAACUAAGAAAAUGACAAAUGUGUCUAAAAAUGUUGCAGUCGUGCUGCUACAGUUGGCUGAACUGUAUUUGGUAUAUUGGGCUUUGGAAAAAAGUGGCGAUCUUUUAAUGUAUUCGACGAUAUCGAAGAAAAAUAUAGACAAUAUUCAAAGUCGAUAUGAAGAACUGCUCGGUCUUAUUAGACCGAAUGCCGUAGGACUUGUCGACGCCUUCGACAUCAGGGACGAGAUCCUCUGUUCGACCCUUGGAUCGUACGACGGUCGUGUAUACGAGAGAUUGAUGGAAGAAGCCGCGAAGAGUCCGCUCAAUAAAGACAAAGUUAACGACACUUUCCAUAAAUAUAUAAAACCUUUUAUGAUAAAACAUAAAUUGUAAACAGUAAAAUACUCGUUUUGUAUCGAUAAUAAAGUAAUUUAUAUUGAUUUGUAAAUUAUAAAAUAGUUGCUAUUUUACCUUUUUAAUGGGCAUUCCGUACUACGUAUACGUAAGCACUGUCACUGGUCAAACUUGUCAGUUUGUCAACCUCCUUGCAAAUAUUUGUGUAACUAACUU